AUGAAUAUUCAAUUUACUAAUAAUAUUAUUUGUAAUCAACCAUGUUUAUUUAGUUCAGAAAAAAUCGACUCUCCACUAGCAUUCAUUGUUAUACCUGGUAAUCCUUCUAUUAUUGAAUUUUAUGAAGAAUUUUCAAAAGCAUUAAUAGAAUUAUUUAAUUAUCCAACAAUUAUUGUUUCCUUAUGUAAAAAUGGAGAACAUUCACUUAAAGUUCAUCAAGCAAUUCAUUUAAAAAUUCAAUUUUUCAAUGAAAUAUUUCAGAGAUACCCAAAUACUAAGUUUAUUAUUUUAGGACAUUCUAUUGGUAAUUAUAUUACAUUACAAGCAUUACGUCAAAUAGACCAAUCUCGAAUUAUUGGUUAUUAUGGUUUAUUCCCUGCACUUAUUAACUUAAAAAAUUCUUUUUGUACUUUGUAUAAGAUAAUUACAUACUCUCCUUUUAUUAUUGCUUGCCUUGCUUUCUCAACACGUUUACUUCAAAUUUUACCUUUAUCUUUAAUAAUUUUCUUCUUUUCUUUAGUUACUGAUGUUCCAAAACAAUUUAUUCCAAUACUUAAAGAUCAUUUAGAUCCUCAAAUGACCGGCCAAAUGCUUUCUUUAUGUAAAGAUGAAGGUGUUCAAAUUAAAGAAUACCCUGAUGACUUUAUUCAAUUCCUAAAUACUUUUCAUUCUAAACUUCAUCUAAUUUAUGGUAAAAAUGAUGUGUAUGGAAAUGAGAACGUUGCUCGUGAUAUGAUGCAACGUUGUCCAGAAGCUCAAAUCACUAUUACUGAUAUUUUACAUGCUUUCGUUCUUGGAUAUGUUCAAAAUGUUAUUGAUGUUAUUUCUCCAAUGCUAAAAGAAACAAUCCAAUUAUUUGAGCAUCAAAUGAUAGAAGAAUAA